CACUAAUAUUUGUUCAUUUCAUUUUCAUGUGUGCUUUGUUCCAGAAUAAUGGUUAUUUGAAUAAUUUUCACAUUUAUGAAGAAAUGUCAUUUCAUAAUUGCGCAUCAUCAUUAACCAAAAAGACAAAUGGCAGUAAUGUUAAUGAUAAAACCAAAUUAACCAAAAAUGCAUUGGUCAAAUCGAAUGUUAUGUUAGCGUUUUAUGGAACUGAUUCAGAUUCUGAAUCACAGCAAAUUGUCACUGAAAGAAAACAAAAACAAUAUGGAUUGUCGGAUCAAAAUUGUAUUUUAAACGAUAUACCUGAAUCGAUUGAUAAUAAUGAUGAUAAUGGCGUUUUAGUACCCGUUACUAAUGUUUUAUCACAAUCAUCAUCAUUGUCCUUGUCAGCUUGUAUGGUUGAUGAUAAUAGUGAUGCAGUACAACAUCACCAAAUAUUAACAAAAUCUCAAUGGCCUAAGAUGGCAGUUAAUUCAAUUAGAAAAAUCUCGGCUGAUAAUGAUGAUGAUUAUCAUCUCCAAAAACCACAACCACCACCAACCUGCAAUGAUCUAAUGACGUAUGAAUCAAUUAUGGAACUACCAGCAUUUAUAACUGCUGCAGCUACCAAUAAUGAUAAGGAUGAUUAUGAAGAUUAUUGGAAUGAUAAACUGAAUUAUUACAACAGUAAAGCAUCAAUGAUACACAAGCAAAAUAUAUGUAACAAUAAUAAUAUGACUGAGAAGAUAAUGGAACAACAGUGUCAACAGCAACGGUCUUCAUUGGCAUCAACAGCGACAACGAUAAUCGACCAAAAAUCAAGAUCGACAUUGAAUAUGGAUAUAAUAUUGGCGCCCAAUCAUGAUUCGACUUUUAGAUGUGAUGCACAUGACAAUCAAACAUCAUCACCAUCAUCAUUGAUAAUAUCGUCUCCAUCGUCGCCGACGAUCAUUGAAAAUAAUCGCUUUGUUGCUGAUGGCAAUGAUGAUCAUCAUUUAUUUAACACCGAUAUAACAACAAAAUCGUAUGGAUCAUCUCAUCCACCGUCUACCGUUAUUGUUGACCUAGUAAAAACAACAUUAUCGUCAAAUAAACAUUUGAUAGGAUCCCGACCUCAACAACAAUCAGAAAUAUCAACAACAUCGACAUCAACAACAACUGAAUCAUCGAUUAAACAACAACAACAAAAUACUCCUGUUGCUGUUGUUGGUGUUGGCGAUGAUUUAACUGCAUGUUUUUCGAAUAGAUUCGGUUGUCAGCAGCGACCGACUAAAUUUUUGGACAAAAUUCAAUAUGAUGAUGAAGGUAGAAAUUUAUUGAUGCAAAUAACCGCAAAUAAACUACAUAGUAGCCAUAAUAAUAACGACAACAAGACAAAUUGUCUCUUGAACUAUCAGACAUCAUCAUCAUUAUCAUCAUUAUUAUCCAAAAAUGAAAGCAUUGUUUCUACUACAUCCACAAUUGAUGAUGAUCGCUGCUUUCAAACAAAACUAACAACAGUGUCGAUUACGCCAAAGUUUAACGAACAUCAAAUGGGUGAUGUGAAUGAUUUUUCAUUACUACGAGAUAAACAAUUUGUGAAUUUUAUUUUACCUGAUCUUGAUAAAAUUAAUGAUCAAUCAAUACAUCAUCAAAAUUAUGAUCUCAAUUCAACACAUGAAUAUGCUUUAACUAGUGAAAAGACACGAUUUUAUUAUAAUUUCAAUAAUCUAGAAUAUAAUUCCGUUAACACUUCACCAGCUGCCUGGCAAUCAUCACCACCUUCGAUAACAACAUCAACUACCCGCCCAACAAAACGUAAGAUAUCAUAUGAACAAGAUUUUUUCGACAAUCAAAAUCACUCAUCUUCAGAAGAAGAUGAACCGUCCUCACGAAAAACAUUUAAAUUGGAUAUGAUUGAUGAAAAAACUUCUACACAACCACAAUCCGAUUAUUCACCAUCAAUGAACUUCAAUUCAUUAUCUGACCUUGAACAGCAACAAUUUAAUUAUAAUUAUAAUAAUCAUUCAUCGAAUCAAAUUCAAGAAUCCAACAUGACAUUGACCACAUCAAAUAAUUCAUCGCCUUUACACAAUAAUAAUAACAGUCAUCAGGUACACGAAUCGACAUCACCAUCGAUUGGUGAUGGAUCAUCUCAAUCUGGAUCUUCAACGAUUGUCAAUCGAACUCCUCCUGUAAUGAAUCUGUCGGAAAACGGUUCACCACAGCAUCGAUCACAACAACAUAUAAUAACAAAUACACCGCCACGUUCAACACCGCCAUCAUCUUCAUCUUCACCUUCCACAUCAAUUUCGACAUCUAGACAUCUGUUUCUAUCAACAGCAAAAAACUCUGUUGGAGCAUCGGCUUCGAAUUCUGUCAUGAUUAAUGAUAAUGAACAGCAACAAGUGAUCGCAACAACAUUGGCACAACAACAGCAACAAGUAUCACCAUACUUUGUCUAUAGCAAUGAUGCUAGUUCACAUUUGUCUCCUGUUCGAUUAACAACUAAUAUUGAUAAUAAUAAUGGGCAUAACCAUCUUGCUCUAAAUCAUAAUCAUCAUCAGAAUUCUUCAAUCGCUCAACAAAAUUCGGCCGCUGUUGUUCAUCAUCAUCAGCAACAACAGCAAUUAGCUGCAGGAUUAUCUCAAGCAAAUCAUCUUAAUCAUCAUCAUAUUGCUCAUCAUCACUCAUCAUCAUCACCGCAAUCUGAUCUACCGCAAUUAGUUGUGCAACAAUUCAAUCCUGCUCUUAAUUCAGCCGUGCGUCUCUUCGCUCCAAAUUCUCAACGAUCACUUAGUAGUCGUGCAGUACAAAGUCCAACAUUCAAUGCUACUCCAAUGUAUGCGGCUACAUUCGACAAUGCUGGAACUCCCAAUGGAAAUCCCGCUAUCAUUGGAUCACCAUCACCAUCCAGUUCAUUAUCGAAUUUCGCUUUCUCAAAUGAUGCUCGUGAAUGUGUCAAUUGUGGUAAGAGCGCUGUAUCUACUCCUCUCUGGCGUCGUGAUGGUACUGGCCAUUAUUUAUGUAAUGCAUGUGGUCUUUAUCAUAAAUCCAAUGGCAAUAGUCGCCCACUGGUUCGAAAUCAACGACGGCUAUCGAGUACAAAUCGACGCACAGGAAUGAAAUGCUCAAAUUGUACGACAACGACAACAUCAUUAUGGCGUCGAAAUAAUAAUGGUGAUCCUGUUUGUAACGCAUGUGGACUUUAUUUCAAAUUGCAUGGCGUGUCUCGCCCAUUAACAAUGAAAAAAGAUCAAAUACAGACCCGGAAACGGAAACCAAAAUCAAUGACAAACACACCGACGUCAUCAUCAAUCAUACAUCAAAAUAAUUCUGCUGCUGCAGCCGCUGCCGUAGCUGCCAAUGUUAAUAAUAUUGGCGCUGCUAGUUCAGCUAUGUUAGCUGCUGGUAAUCAUGCAAUUACAGCUCCAGUCUCUGCAUCAACUAUUUUAAGGCAUGGUCUAGUUUCAGCCAGUUCUCAACAACAGCAACAAUUUCUAUCCACACUUCCGUCAUAUCUUUUCGCAAACAAUUCUCAUACUCCUGUCCAUCAUCAUCAGCCAUCUUUUGUUGGCUUAUCGAAUAUUGCCCAUCAAAGUAGCAUAGGUUUUGGUGGCACGAAUGGUGGUGGUGGCAACAAUUUCGGAUCUGCACGUACCUCGGGAUCAAUCAGCGGUAUGGCUGCAGCUGCGGCAGCAGCCGCAGCCGCAGCGGCUGCUGCAGUUUCAGGAGUUAGCCCAAAUUCUCAACAUGUCCAAUAUGCGGCUUCUGGCGGCGGUGAUUCCUAUCUCAAUAAUUGCGGAGUUGAAUUAACUCAUCAUUUGGGAUCAAAUACUAUAAGUGACAAUACAAUGGCAGCUAUAAUCAGUAAUGAAAGUCUAGGUCUUUUGAAUCAUCAUAAUUCAAUACCAGCAUCACCGGAUAGUACUAAUCAACAACAGCAGCAAGCAACUGAUAAUACUAAUGAUAAUGAACAGAAUCAACAAUUUUAUUCCUCUAUAUCGACACAGGAAACCUCUUGAUUAUCAUCAAUAUCCGAAUUGAAAUUCUUAAAAUGCUAUUAAAAGACAAUCAACAAGUACAUCGACUGCCAAACGUGAUGUCCAAUCCUUAUGACAAUCAACCAUAAAUAAACGAAAAUCAGCUCGUA